AUAAAACCAACGACCUUCAGUUUUGUCCUUAUUUUCAUUUGUUUAUUAAAUGAUGUCUUCCAUUAAAGAGAGAAAAUAAGAGCUUGUUUGGAAGAUCGAGUGGUGGGUGGAAGACACGUCUGGCGUUUGAAUUUCAUUAAGGACUCCUAAACUUAGCUUCCCAUAUAAAUUACAACAAAUACUUCUCCUUCCGAUUCAUCGCAUCCUCGUCUCUCUUUCUCUCUCUCUCUCUCUCAUUCUCAACACCGCUAUCCUCUUCGUUCUUUCUUUCUUUCUCAUUUCCCUUUCCGCUGAAUACUCUCAUCCUAAACGCUUUCUUUACGUCAAUUAAUCCAUUGGACCUGCUCAACUCACUAUGAAUCAGAACGUCCUCCUCCGAUCCCCGCCAGAGACUCGCCAGCAACCACUACUGACAGACAAGUCGCCCAACAGACUUAAGGAAAAGCCGCGGUUCGCGGAGGUGGCCGGCGGAACGGCCGCGGAGUGCGCGGCAAUAUGCUGUUGCUUUCCAUGCAGCAUGAUGAACCUUCUGAUAUUGACCGUCUACAAGGUUCCAGUGGGGCUCUGCAAAAAGGCGUGGAAUAAGAGGGGAAAACGACGUCACAUCACGAAGAGAAACAAGGCGGCGGCGGGCGGUGCAACUGUAGGUAAGGAGGGGCCGAAACAUGAUGGUGAAAAGGAGGAUUGGGGAGAAUCGCUUCCGUCGUCGUAUUUGUCAUCGGAGGAUGUGGAAUUGGAGAAGGAGAUGUGGGACCAAUUUUAUGGUACUGGCUUCUGGAGGACACCUUCUCAGAGAGAAACCUAACGGUACAAAUUUUGGUUCAAGGAAUUUUUUAGGGUUCUAUAAUCACACAAUGGGAUCCAUGAUGAUCAAAGAUUUUUUCUUUCUUUCGUUC